AUGUCAAUUAAAUUUUGGGGAGAAGCAGUUAACACUACAGUCUAUAUUCUCAAUAGGUGCCCUAUAAGUGCUCUCAAGAAUAAAACCCUUUUUGAAGCAUUCAGUGGAAGAAAACCUAGAGUAAAGCAUUUGAGAAUAUUUGGUUCUCUUUGCUAUACUCAUAUUCCAUCCCAGCUGAUGCAUAAACUAGAAGAAACUGGUAAGAAUGGAGUCUUUGUUGGGUAUGAAACUUGUGAGAAAGGGUAUAGGGUGUUUAAUAUGAGAACUCAGAAAGUAAUAGUGUCAAGGCGUGUGAUAUUUGAUGGGAAAACUCUGUGGAAUUGGGAAGCAAAUGACGAGUUGCAGGUGUCAAUUCCUUGGGAUAGUAGUGAGGAAUCAAGAAUAACUGAAGGUGAGGAGGAGUUUGAAUCACCUAAUCAAACUCUAGAAUCACCAAGUGUCUGA